UAUACGGUUUUAAACGUAAUGUAAGAAAAAUGACAAUAUUUUUUAAAAGUUAACUAGUUUACUAUUUAACUUUCAAAUCUAAUGUUAUGUAAAAUUUUAAAUAAUUGUAAAAUCUUUUUAUUAUUUAAAUUAAUAUUUACAAACAAAUUUGAAUUUUUCAUGUUCACAUAAAUAUUUUAAACUUUAUUAAAACAAUUGAAAUGUACGUGGAAGUUAUUUCUGACUUGUUAGAUCUGUUCAAUAAGUUAUUAAACGUUAUGACUGAAGUAGGAGUUCUGGAUUCAUUUACAUUUAUGCAUUCGGCUAUUAAAAUAAAUUCAAACCAUGAACAGUUCUUAAGAAGAAUUCAGACUUCCAUUGAUGAAUUAAAGAAAUGGCUUACAAAUGUUUGUACAGAAUGGAAAGCUGAAGAUUUAGCUUCACUGGGCAAUGUAAUUGAGCCACCAUUAACCCCUAAUACAAUAGACAUGAAUCUUAGUGGACCUGAUUAUAUAACACCAUUAAUUAAAGAAAAAAUAGAUUCUGUAUUAGGUUUCAGAAACCCCGUUAGUCCAAUAUUAUGGAGUGUUGGUUUAAGACCAAUACAAGAUAGUACAUCAAAGGAUGGUUUUGAAAUAGAUGAUCAACAGUCACCAACUGACUUUAUAGCACCAUCAUUUGGUGACUAUGGAAGUCCAUCAUCAGACGCAUGGAAUGUUUUUCAUGAGUCUGAUUUUAAUUUAGAUCAUGCACAAUUGGAUGAAAGAGGUCCACAAACUCCAAAUAUUAAAUUAUAUAGAAAAGACGAAUUAGACAUUGCUCAGGAUACAAAUUCAAAUGCUACUUAUCAACAAAACAAUUGUGAAAUGACAUUUAUUUGUCACAUAUGCAAUAAUGAAUUCAACUCAUCUAUAGAACUAGAAACACAUUUGAAAAUACACCAAUCUGAAUCAAACUAUCAAAAUGAUCGUUUGACUUGUGAUUUUUGUGAAAAAACUUUUUGUAAAAAGAGUAAUCUUCGUGUUCAUAUGAUGAUUCAUCAAAAUAUCAAGCCAUACAAAUGUUUAUAUUGUAAUCAACAUUUUGCUCAAAAAAGUACCAGAGAUGUACACACAGUACAGCAUACUGGUGAUUACUUGUAUAACUGCAGUAUUUGUAAUAAAGGGUUUGCAACCAAAGGAAAAUUUAAUUUUCAUAUGAAAUCACAUCAAGAUGCAACAUAUGAAUGUUUAGUGUGUAAUAAACGAUUUUCUACUCAACAAUACUUGACAUAUCAUAUGAAAGUUCAUCCAGAUCAGGAUACAUUAGGAUUUCACUGUGAUAUAUGUAAAUCAGUAUUUAAACAAAAAAAAUCUUUACUUGUACAUAGAAAACAAGAACAUCCAUUUUCAAUGUUUAAAUGUCCUUCUGUAGGAUGUGAUAAAGAGUUUACAACAACUCAACUGCUUAAUAGGCAUACAAAAAGAUUACAUGAAAGUAAAGACAGAGCUGUUAUUUGUUUAGAAUGUGGAAAGUCUUUUUGUUUUCAAAAUUAUUUGCAAAAACAUAUUGUUAGAGUACAUGGACCAAAGCGGUUACCUCAUUUUAAGUGUCGACAAUGUCCUGAACGUUUUGAUAGUGACAUAAUGUUACAUAUUCAUAUGCAAUCUCAUCCUAAGAGUGAGAAGAUUAAAGAAUCUAAACGUAUUUGCUGUCCCCGUGAACAAUGUACUGCAUCUUUUUACAAUAGAGUAGCUCUUCGAUAUCAUAUUGCGGAAAAACACGAUAAUAUAUACCGAUAUGAAUGUGAAGUAUGCCAAAAAAAAUUUGUGCGUAAAAGUCACUAUAAAUUACAUUCUGCUAUACAUUUAAAAACACAUUUUACUUGCAAUAUGUGUUGUAAACAAUUUCGUAAAAAAAGCCGCUUAGCUACACACUGGAAAAAGGUACACCAACAAGAAACUUUUGAUUUUGGGAUGUUGUUCAGUGUUGAACCUUUUAAAAAUUAAUCUAAAUGUUUUCAACUUUGAGUUUAGCUGAAAAGAUAAAAAUUAAUGAAAUAAUGAAGUUCCUAUUAAUUAAAUUUAUUGUUAUUUUAAUUGAAUUGAAUUUAUUAAAUAUAAUAAUAAUAAUUAUUACUAUUUGUUUUUAAAUAUCAAAAGUAUGUUGAUUUUCUUUUAUUUAAGAAAACUUUAGAUUAAAAUGUUUAAUAAUUUAAGACUGAUUAUAAUACUGUUACAUGCUAAAAGAUGAAACUAUUGUUUGAAUAAAAAGAACUAUAGAAAUAAAA